GGUGAACAUCAAAAAUAAACUGUCUAAUUCACAGUUUAUUGAUAGAGAAAUCAUAUAUUUCGUAAUUCAUUUAUAUUUAUAUUAAUGAAUAAUCAUUACGAUUUUAGUAAUGAGUGUAAAUUAGGCCUCAGCAUACACAAAGGGAAACUCAAGAUCUUCAAAUUCAAAGCAGAGAAUAGCAAUCCAAUCACUCUUGGCGGCGAAACUCUGGAAGAUGUAGAAUCCUUCACAUACCUGGUCAGCUGUAUCAUCGAUGAACAAGGAGGUUCAGAUGCACAUCGUAAGUCGAAGAUAAGCAAAGUAAGAACAGCAUUCCUACAGUUGAAUAAUAUAUGGAACUCAAAACAACUGUCAACCAAUAUCAAAGUGAGAAUCUUCAAUGCCAACGUCAAGGCAGUUCUACUAUUUGGAGCUGGAACUUGGAGAACUACCACAACCAUCAUCAAAAGGGUACAAAUAUAAUGAAAAUUUGAUGAACUAUGUAGCAGCAGGCAAGAGACGAUUUUAUAAAUAAUUAUAA